UACACAAAUUAUGGAUUAUUUUAUCUGAUAUUUUCUAUAUAGACCCUGCCCUUUUUUUCUGAUCAAUUUUAUUAAUGUAUAUGUGCAAUUAUUUUUAAAAACCGUAUGCAUUCUUAAUUUUCAUACAACUCAGUAAUAUGUCGGAAUACUGGCUGAUAUCAGCUCCUGGAGACAAGACUUGCCAACAGACAUGGGAAACCCUCAACAAUGUUACUAGCAAGCAAAAUAGUCUGUCCAUCAAUUACAAAUUUCAUAUACCGGACCUGAAAGUGGGCACAUUGGAUCAGCUAGUUGGAUUGUCUGAUGAUUUGGGAAAAUUGGACAGUUUUGUUGAUCAGGUGACCCAUAAAGUGGCAUCCUACUUGGGUGAGGUAUUGGAAGAUCAGCGAGACAAGUUGCAGGAGAACUUGAUGGCUAAUAAUGGUAUGUAUCAUCUAGAAUGGUUUUUUUUUAAUCCAUUGAAUAACAAUGAUAAAAACCCAAUGUAGCUCAAGUGACUUGUCUCUGUAGUGUACCUACCUGUCCUAUUUACUUUUUGAAACAUUAUUAUUUAUUUCCUGGAUUUUUAUUUGGUCAUUUUAGUUAAGUUUUUCCUUUACCCUUGCAUCCAUGUGUCAAUAUAAAUAUAUAUUUAAUUUGUAUUCUAAUUUAUCUGUCAUUCAUAAUGGAAAAACAUUAUAAGCUAAAAAGGCCAAAGAAAAAAAAUAAAAAAAUAUAUAUAUAUAUAUAUAUAUUUAAAAAAAUAAUAAAAUAAAAAUGCACUAUAUUUUAUUAUAUUUGGUUCUAUUAUUAUAAGUCAUAUGCAUUGACAAUGUGACUUAAGUAUACCUACUUUAUUUUUUAAUGGCAAGCCAAAAUGAAGAACUAAUUAAUGCAUUUUAUAGAUGGUUGCGUCUGCGUGUGUGAGUGUUCACAGUUUAUUUUUCCUAUAUUGUGAUAAUAAUAUUAUAGAUGUAAAUUUUUAGAGCACAAAUUCUAAAAUAUAAUACUCGAUAUUCUAUCAAUUUUAUCAAAGUUUUUUAUAGUAUUUUAUUAAUUUAAAAUUUUUUGGGAACCUCAAUACUUGUAUUAUAUUUUCAUCAAUUAUAACAUGUUGUUUUUACUUCUUAUUUCUAACAGUUACUACAUAGUUCCUAUAAUUUUAAUAGUGUUAAUAUCACAUUUUUUUAAAAUUAACAUUGUUAAAUGUAUUGGUUCCAUAUAUUAUUUUUAUUUUUCUGUUAUGUAGUGUAUGUAAUUGGUAGUUCUUCUUUUGGUGGACCAAGAUACAAACGUAUAUUUAUAUUUUAAAUUAAUUAGGUAUAUUUUGAUUUUAAAUUAUAAUGUCCUAUUAAAAAGUGGAAGCAUAUUUAUAUAUUAAACAAUUUGUUACACAUUAAUUUUUCAAGCAACCCUUUUCUAUAUAUUUUAUGAUCUGCAAAAUUAAUAAUUAACCAUCUAGCUAUAUUCAAUUUGAUAGAUAUGAAAAAAGUACUUUUUAUAAAUAAUAUUCAUUGAUAUUACUGAGCACGGCUAUUAAAACAUUUAGAUUACUUAAUUAAAUUAAAUAGUAAAUAUUAUUAACAACUAAUAGUAAUUAAAAUUUUCAAUUUAAAUGCCAUAAAUAUUUUACUCAAACUAAAAUUUCGGAUAUAAAUGUUGCUUAGUUUAGAAACCUAAACAAUAACUUCUUAAUUUUCUACUUUAAAAUAUAUAUCAUGUAUUUCAUAAACUCUAGUGAGUAAAUCUAGAUAGAAAUUUAGAGAAAGGCCCAUUUAUAUUAUGAUUGGUCUACACAUAGUGCCAUGUAGCCAUAUUAAGUUAGUGAGAUAGGCCUAUGACUUUUUUUCUGUUGGCGAUUGCAAAAAGUAAAAGCUUUGUUAUGGGUUUGUUGUGUGUGGCGUUGGACACAGCAUUGUCUUGAGAGUCGUGGGCCGUGUGCUGGGAAGAGCCCGUCUUGAGCUAUUCAAAGUCCAGAUGGCCGACAGGCGUGUGUCUAACGUCCCAAGGUAAGCGGCUGCUUUUAGUAGGAUGCUUCAUGCAGUGUUGGCUUGUGGUUUCAUUUUUCAAAUUGUAGUUUCCUUAUUAUUUUUGAAUGUUUUCUUCUGAAGUUAGCAUUGUUACAUUUUAUGUAUUUGAUACUUGUGUUCAAUAAAAAUACACUUUUACAUUAACUUAAUUGAAAAACUCAGUUAAAUUGAUAUUUUUUGGUAAUGGUACAUAAUUAUGUACAAAUAAUUAAUAUAACAUACACCUCAGACACAAUAAUUAUUAACUGUUAUAACAAAUAUAAAUUGAUUUAAAUAAAAUUAAUAAAAAAAUAAUAUAUAAAUUAGUAGAUAUUUAUGAAUAAAAAUAAAAUGUUUUUUUUAUAAAAUUAAUGAUUUAAUUUUAAUACAUUAUUUGGUUUUUCUUUGUAUUCACUUGUUUUUAUUAAUUAUAACCAGUGAUUGGAAAUAGUGCGCUAUCUUUUUCUUGUAAUACUGGUGGUGUACAAUUUUUUUUUUUUUGAGAAGUAACAUAAAGCGUGAUAUUGUUACAUUUUUCAUAGGAAAACUGCAAAAUUCACUAUUUUAACACUAAUUUUUACCAAAAUAAAAUUGUGAAUUUGUUGUUAUAUUAUGGUUUUAUUUUAAUUUAUAGUAAAAUAAAAUAUAUAACUAGUUUAUUUUUCUUUUAUUGGAGACUUUAAAUUUAAAUAAAUUUUUAUUAUAUUAUAUUGUAAGAAUUAAUACUUAGGGUACUAAAUUUUAUAAGAUAGAUAAAAAUUGUAGAUUAAAUAAAAAAAGUUUUCUUAUAUAAAUCUAAAAAAAGUAGUGCACCACUUUAAAAAAAAUAGCAAUGAUUGUAGGGAGCAUCUUAAAAAAAAAUGAAGUGAUAGUGGCAGCACACUACAUUCAACCACUGAUUAUAUCUGUACUGUCAUAGAAUAUUUUUAUUUAAUGAACAGUGCUUUAAUGUGCAAAAUAUAUUGUAGAAAUGUAAUUUUAAAUUCUUAACAGAUAACAGAAAAACCAAUAAUAAUAAUAAUUUAUAAUAUUUUAAGUUUGUACAUUAAUUGUAUUACAGAAUAAAUAACAGAUUUCAUUUUAAUUUCACAAGAUUUAUAAUAUAUUAGUUUUAACUACCUAAUAGUAUAUUAGUUACAGUAUGAAUUGUAAUCUAUGUUUAUGUACUAAAUUUAACAAUAAAAAUAUGUAAUUAUUUUUAUAAAAUGCUAUAAUUUUUUUUUUUUUGACUUUAUAAAAAUGUUUUAAAAAGUAAUGCUUAUUUUAUUUAUACAACUGAAAAUUGAUUAUACUAUUGAGUAUACAAAAUAAUUAAAACUUUUUAAAUCACAUACAUUAUAAUUAGUGUAAUGUUUGCAAUAUAAUUAUGUUACAGUAUUUGUAACUUUUGUUUAAAUUUGUUUUAUAGUUAUCUAUGUUUAAAGAUUAUGAUUACAUUAUAAUAUAUAUAUAUUUUUUUUAAUUUUUGAAUACAACUAUUUGCCAAAAAAGUAAAUAGUGCCCAUAAAUAAUUUAUGUUAUUUUAAUUUCUUUAUGGAUAAAAAAAAAACCAAAGAAGAAUAUUGAUAAAAUUAUUUCUUUACUUUGUUGAUCUAUCGAAAUUAAUUUUCGUUCUGACGCAACUGUAGACACAUCUAAAUAAGUAUCUAAUACUUUUAAUGCAAGAAAGGCAAUAAAUUAAUUCAAAAUAAAUAUAAAUAUAAAUAUUGCAACAUUUUUUUCUUAAUAAGUAGUAUAUAAAUUAAAAAUAUAUUUUACAACAUAAAUAUAAUCAUAUAUUUUAAUUUUGUUUCCAUUUAACAUAAGUUUUAAUUUGUUGUGUUAAUAAAUGCUAAUUUAAAUUGAUUGUUUUUAUUUUUAAUGUGGUUAGUUAAAUUAAUUAAAUUUGCAAUCUUUUUUUUCUCAACAAUAAUGCUUAAAUUAUUUAGCAGCUAAGUAUUAAUGUGUUAUAUAAUUUAUAGAAAACACUGUCUGUGAUUUCAUAGUUUUACUAAAUAAUUUUGAAGAAAAACAGUUUAUCAUUUUAAUUAUUUAAAUAACCUAUGUAUCUUUAACUGGGUCCACACCUAAGCAUAUGUGCGAGUGCAUUGUAAUUAAAAUCACAAUUUUGUGUACCAGAUUGGUUGUAUGGAAAUUGUGGACUGUGAUCAAUAUUCAACUCAUUAUUUUGUGUCCGUCAGAAGUUGGUCUCCUAUAAAAAUAAAAGGAAUUAAAUGUACGACACACUGGACUCGUAGAUGAAUUGAAACAUACAUGAGCAUUUAUUCGAAAUAGAAUGCAAUGUAUGCUCAGGUGUGGACCCAGCUUUAGUACAUAAAUCUUAAAAUAGAGCCAGGUUUAUAACUUACCAUAAACAUCCAUAAUUACAAAUAUUGUUAAUUAUAAAUUUGUAAAUAGAUUAAUAUAUUUUAAAACUAAUUUUAAAGCAAUACAUACCUUUAUUUUUAUAUCUUGAGAAUUUACACCAAGUUAUGUUUAUAUGAGACUAUGGAACAUACUUUGGUAUAAAUUGGUAUAUGAAAUACAUUUUUUUCUUUACUCUUUAAAUAAAAUGUAAUAACGUGUUUUUGAAUUAAUUUAUUAUUAAAUUAAAAUUAAUGUUCAAGUUAUAUUUUUAAAUAAAGCAGCUUUAUUGCUACAAUUUAUUAGUAGGUACCUACAUCAUAUUUUAAUAUGCACAAUAGGCUUUUGCACAUAAUCAUUUGUAUUUCACAAAGGUUUUGUUUUUUUAAUAUACAUUGUUUGACACGUGAUUUUUUUUUUGCCUUGAUUUUAUUUUAUGUAAACAUAGUUUUUAAUUUUAUUUUUAAUGGUAAUAUUGAACAAAAAUGUAUUUUAUGAGUAUUAGAAUUCCUAUUCAAUAUAACAGUUAAUAUCUACUGCUAGUAUUCAUAAACAUUUUAUUAUUAUAUUUUAUUUAUUUUAUUGAUUGGAAAUAUUAUGCCAGUUCUUUGAGAGUUGUAGUAAUUUUUUACAAAUAAAUGUGAUAAACUUUUCUUCUAAAAAUUAAUUUUAAAUUUACAAAUAAAUACUGUAUAAAAUAAAAAUAAAAAAUUAUUGUAACACUUUGGUGUAUCUGAAUCAGGGCAUGGAACAGUUUUUAUUUUUUUUUAUUUAUUGUUUAUUUACUGUUCAAUAUAUACUAUUUUUGAUCUUAUUUUCUUUAAAUGUAAAAUUAAAAAACUCAUAUUUUAUACUUCUAAUUACUGGACAUUUUCUUUUAUUUAUUAAAAUGGGAAAGUAUGACUUUACAUGAAAUAUAAGUUAGACAUUGAGUACGGUACUUUUUUUUAAUAUAAACAAUGAUUGAUCACCAUGUGUUAUAUAGUUUUAUUAAUUUUGUAUGUAAAUUAAAAUGAAAGUUGAUGUUUAUUAUUCAAUAUGUACAUAUAUAAAAUAAAAAUAUAUGUUUAAUUGUUUCUUAGGUAUUGUCAAAUUGAUUUGGCAUUGGCAUUAUUAAACAACAAAAAUAAGAAAUGUUUAAAUACGCUACAUUAUUUUAAUUUUUUUUUUUUCAUUGUUACGAUUUGUGUCUGUUUCAUGCUCUGCAUCAGUUGAUUAUGUUGAAAAAAUAACAUGUAGUGAAUAUCACUUACAGUUGAGUACAAAUUAUCAUUGUUUUAGGAGACCUCGCCGUUUACUUAACUCAUUUCCAGUGGGACAUGGCUAAAUAUCCAAUUAAACAAUCGUUGCGUAAUAUAGCUGACAUAAUCAGUAAACAGGUAGGCCAAAUCGAUGCAGAUCUUAAAACGAAGUCAUCGGUGUACAAUAAUCUUAAGAGCAGCUUACAAAACAUGGAAAAAAAACAAACUGGUAGUUUAUUAACAAGAAAUUUGGCUGAUCUUGUGCGCAAGGAACAUUUUAUUCAGGAUUCUGAUUAUCUUACCACAUUGCUUGUUGUAGUGCCUAAGUAAAUAAAACAAAAUGUAAUUUAAUCCUUAUCAAUUGUAAAUUUACACAUGUUUUUCUUUUACCAGAUCAGGAUUUACUGAUUGGAAUACAAAUUAUGAGAAAUUGACCGAUAUGAUUGUACCUCGUUCUAGCCAAUUAGUUAGCCAAGAUAAUGAUUAUGGAUUAUUUACAGUCACAUUGUUCAAGAAAGUGGCUGAAGAAUUUAAACAUCAUGCUAGGGAAAAAAAGUAUGUUAUUUUUUAAUAAUAAUUGUAUAACUGGUUGGCACUUUUGCAAUGUACAUAAAUUUAAACAAAAAUAAUGAAAAAAAAGUUUAACAAUAGUAGUCAACAACAUCUAAACUAAAUAAAAUUUAAUUUAUCAAGCUAUUUCAGUUUUAUUUAAAAUUUAAAAAUAAAAUAGUUUGUAAAAUCAUAAGAAUAUUAAAUUUUGAUUAAAAUAAGAAAUAGUAAAAACUCAUAAAUUUUUUUUUUUAAUAUUCACAAUGUAGAAUUAAAUUCUAAUUGUAUUUAGUUGUAAUAUUUCUGUGCUAAAUGUGUGUAGUAUUAUUUCUCUUUGAGUUAUUUAUGUCUUAUAUAUGAUAUGUUGUUUUAAAUGUUUUAAUUUAAAUAAUUAAUAGUUGAAUUUUUGAGUAUAUGUUAAACUAAACUAUGUAUUGAUUUAUAAUAUCAAGUGGUUUUUUUAGGUUUAUCGUGCGUGAGUUCACUUAUAAUGAGGUUGAACUUGCUGCUGGUAAAAAUGAAAUUUCGAAACUAGUAACCGACAAGAAAAAGCAAUUUGUAAGUACUUAAAUCAACUUUUUGAACAUUCACUAAAUCUUAUUUAUUACUACUUUGCACAGGGCCCAUUAGUACGAUGGUUGAAAGUCAAUUUCAGUGAAUGUUUUUGUGCUUGGAUACAUGUGAAAGCUCUCCGUGUAUUUGUUGAGUCUGUAUUAAGGUAAGGUUUAGUUAAAUAUCAUCAUAACAUGAUGAACAUUUAUUAUUUUUCUACUGUUAGAUAUGGCCUGCCUGUUAAUUUUCAAGCUAUGUUGUUGCAUCCAAAUAAAAAAAAUACUAAACGGCUUAGAGAUGUUUUGCAUCAAUUAUAUGGACAUUUGGACAGUAGUGCUCAACAAGGUGGCGCAACCGGUGCACACGAUGUAUGUAUUUAUAAUAUAUGUCAGUAUAAUGUUAAUGAUCCAUUAAUACUUUUUUAUGGAUUUUAGAGUGUUGAUAUACCUGGACUUGGUUUUGGUCAAGCUGAAUAUUUCCCAUAUGUUUAUUACAAAAUCAAUAUUGAUAUGGUUGAUACCAAAGCGUAAGAUUUAGUGUUGAAUCAAAAUCACCCCAUCGUUUAAUGUUUUAAAAUAUAAAAUAUAUAUGUAUAUAUUAUAUAUAUAUUUUUAAUUUGCACAAAAUUGAAAUAACCAUAAUUGAAUCAUUUUGCUGUCGGAAGACUUGUAAUCAUAUUAUUACAAUAUUUUCCAUCCAUUCGAUUUCAUUAUAUAUAUUUAGCUUAUCUAUACAUUCCUUUACCAUGCUAUUAAUCUUUUAAUUAUUAUUUUUGAAAGCAAUAUUUUCUAAACAUGUUUUAAUACCGUUACGUUAUUUGUUGUUUUUGAGUUGUUGGAAAAUAAUAUUUUAUUUUAUUGAAUUUUAAAAAAAAAAAAUAUUAUUUAUUUUAAUAAGUAAAUAGGUUGAUAGAACUUAAAUAUUUUAAUUAUUAUACCAUACAAAUUAUUGUAAUUUGGAAUUGUAUUGUAAAUAUCCCAUUUAUUAUCCUUUAGUAGUACUGUCAUAGAGAUUACUCUGAAUUUAUUUGGAGACUGUACACUCUUUGUAACUUAAAAUUAUAUUUAGAAUAAGAUAAAUUGAGGGCUUCAGAGGCAUAGUUGACCAUUUGAGUUGUAUAAAUUUGUUUUGCCUAGAUGUGUUAAACAAGACCAUACAAUUUGUUUGUAUUAAUCAUUGAAAGAAAUUUAUAGAAUAAAAAUGAAGUGUAUGUUUUAUGUACACAGUAUUAAAAUUAUUUUAUAUGUUUUUUUUCAUUGGUUCAUUUACAUGUUAUUUUAAAAUUGACCGAGUGUCAAUACAACUAAGUUUAUAGGUAUAAAAUAAAAUGUCUUAUUUGCUUUCAUUUUUCUUAUACAUUUAAAUAAUAUAAUUAAUUUUGAUUAUUCAAGUAAACUUGGUAGUUUUUUUAAUGUUCAAUUUACUAUUUUAUUAAUAUUUAGGUUAAAUUGUGCAUUUUUCAAAAUUUAACUGUACUCAUUAUAUUAUCUAUAAUAUAUAAACACAAUUUAAUAAUAAUAAGUUAACAAUUUACAAUUUUUACUUCUUUUAAUUUGUAAAAACAAAUAUCUAUUUAUGUAUUAUGGCAAAUAAUAGUUUUACACAUGAACAAUUUAUCUUUAAAAAUAACAUGAAUGUUUCUUUUUGAGGUGUGUUUAGACUAAGUUACUAACAGGAACAAAUUUUAAAUGAAAAUAUGGUUGUACUGUGUUUACAUUGUUCAUAUUGUUAUGUCCACUUGUGGCUUAUGUAUACUGAAUGGAAAGUUUAUUUGACUUUAUGACAGUGGUUCUCAACUAGGGUGAUAUGAAAAUCAUUGGGGAAAAGGAAAAAAAAAAGAAAACUUUUAAUGUUUAGAAUAAAAUUGUGUUAUUUCCAUCGUUGUCAUGUAACCACUAACACCAUCCAAACAACGUAACAUUCCCUUUUCAUCACUCACUUUUUAACAAUAGUACAGCUUCUUGAAUAUCCUAUAAUUUCAAUGGAUUGGUAGGGCAACUCAGUGUUGGAUUAUUGUCGAUAAGAGUGACAUGAAUUAAUAAAGAUUGAGGACCACUGGUUUAUGAGUUUUACGCUCUUUGAGUGAACAGAACUGAACAAAUUUGUGUUUACACAGACCAUUUACAUUGGUUCGUUCACAUUCAUUCAUUCAUGUUCGAAUCAUACUCUAUAUGCACCAUUAAUAUAAAUUUUGUAUUAGAUUAAAUAUAAUAAUAACUGUUAUUGCUUCUGAAUCCCUCUUGGCUCUAUCAUUAUUGAUCAUAAGUGAUUGUUUUUAUUAUUUAAUGUGGGUUCAUUAAACUAUAGAUGCAUAAUAAAAAAAACAUUCCUUUGAGUUGUAUCUCAUUAAUGAAAUUACUAGAAUUUAGUAGUCUAGUAACAUGAUAUUUUUUAAAAUAUGGUUAGUGAUUUUUGUUGAAUUGUGUAUAAUAAAAAUAUUUAAAAAAAAAAAUUGCUUAUGAUAGUUGAACAAAAUCCUUGGAUUAUUUUUUGAGUAAGAUUUAUUGUUUAAAUGAAUAAGUAUUUAAAAUUGUACACAAAAUAUUAAAACAAAUUUUGACAUUGAGCAUUGUUGUAUUUAAAAUAUUGUAGUUAAAAAAAAUUAUUGCUGCUACAUUUGAUUAAAUAUAAAAUGUCGAGUUCAAUUACUCUGCACGCUUUCUUGAAUGAGACACUAAAAUCAGUAAAAAAAAAAAAAAAUUAAUACAUUGGUAUACAUAAUAUUUAUAAUACUAAUAACUAGACUAAGGGACUUCUUGCUUUAAAAACCAACCAAAUAUGCACUAAAUAUUUUUUCCAUUGUUAAAAAUGUUUGUGUUAAAUAAUUUGAGUUAUUGGUACCAAACUGUUUUAUAAUAGUUUAUUUGAUUUUGCUAUGGAACAUUAAUGUAUAUAAAUUAAUAAAAAUGUAAACCAAAAAAAAUGCAUGCAUAAUAUGUGGCAUACUAUAAUGAUAUAUACAAUAUGGUAUAUAUCAUAAUAUAAUAUUAUUUACACUACAUUUUAUUAUAGUGGACACCACUUAAUAAGUUAAUUUAGAUUAAUACAAAAUAGUAUGUAUAACAAUUAAAUAUUUCAACACAAUAAUGAAAACUGGACAACACCACUCUACUUUUUUUCCCUUUCUUUCUCAUAAAAGACUCCUCGAUUCAUUCGGCCACCGGAUCCUGUCUUGGUGACUCGUUAUCUUUUUCAUCUUCCUGCGAGUGCGUGUUGUUCCGGCUUCUAACUUUCCGGCAUCAUCAUUUUUAACUAAAUCAAGUGUUUAUUUUAUCAUUCCUACUUCCUAUUCUCAUCAACACAAUGAAUAAACAUAAUUAUACCUGUAUUCAAAAUCAACAUGAUACUCCAUUCAGGAUAGGUAAGUAUACCUAUAUUAUUGUUACCAUUCAUAGUUUAUAUUUUAUAUUAAUUGUUUCCUACUGUUGUAGGUUAGUUUAACAUUAGUCAUACAUUCAGUUGCUUUGUAUCCCAUUAUUCACCUUAUUACAAUACUAUAAAAUAAAAUAUUGUUAAAAUAUGCUCAAAAAAAGCGAAAACUAAAGUAUGCAAAAUAAAAAUUUGGGAUUUAGAUUCCUUAAAUGAUAAAUAGUAUUUAGGUUUGAUUCUACUACUUUUCUAAUAAUCGUUUAAUACUUAUUUUCAAAAGUAAUUUGCAAAUACUAGUGUCACUAACUCUACUAUGGAAUUUUAGAUAGUGUUAAGUAGAAAAAAAAUAAAAUAAACUAAUGGUUAUUUUUUGAAGGUUACUAUUCUGAGAUAAAUUUGAAAAAUGUUUGACUGUGUUAAUAUAUUACAAAUAAAAUUAGGAUACAGUGAUUAAAUAUAAAUUUGAUUUUUUACUGAAAUUGUUUUAAUACAGUAUGUCAAUCAAUGCUUCAAAAUAAAUAUAUUAUUUAUUUUAUUCAAUGUAAUAUGUUUUGCUGAAGUUGGGGUUUAAGGUUAAUGUACGUACAUUUUGAUGGCAAAAGCAUCAUUGGUUUUCUCUACUUUUAUUACUAUAAAGUUCAUCCUUGGAUAUUUUAGUUUGUUACUUUUUAAUAUUAUAAUAAAGACGUAAUAACUCCAAAAGUAAUCAAAGAAUUUAUAGCAUGUACUAAAAAUGUUACUAUUUAUGUUUCUUUUUAUAUUGGAUAGUGAUAGUUAUAUAUAAGGAUAAUCAAAAGUUAAUUGUUUCCUUACAUUUAGUUCAUCGAUUUCAAUAUCCCAAUGCUUUUCAGCAAUUUUUGGAAUAACUUCGAUAAAUAGUUGUGUAAUUUUUUUGACGUUUUCUUUAAAAACUUUGAUAACGUUGGCAACAUUAACUUUCUCUGUGGCUUCUCUCCAACAGUCAAAGUCUGUGGCCAUAGCUACUGUGGCAUAUAAUAAGCCCGCCUCUUUAGCCAAUACAACCUAGAAUUUAAAUUGUAUUAAUGUGGUACAAAUAAUAGAAGUUUUGAUCAUAUGCAUUACUUCUGGAAUAAGUGUCAUGUUGACUAAAUCAGCAUUCCAUAAUCGAUACAGAUUACUUUCAGCUUUUGUUGAAAAUCUAGGUCCUUCAAUAACUACAGCUGUACCUGUAUGAUGCACAUGAAUGCCGAGACUUUGGGCAGUCUCAAUAAUAAUAGAUCUAAGUUCUGGACUAAACGGUGGCUCAAUAGGUAAGUGAACAACUUUAUCAUCCUUAUCAAACAUUGUUAAUUUUCGAUUUUUAGUCCUAAGAAAAUUGUAUUCAUCAAAUACUUACAUGUUACAUAUUUUAAAUAAAAAUAUUUAAGUGACUUACAUAUCAAUGAAAGAGUCCAAAAUGACCAAAUCGCCAGGCUUGAUUUCUUCUUUUAGAGAACCGGUUGCUGAUGAUGCAAUAAUAUGUGUACAUCCCAGAUGUUUUAAAGCCCAAAUAUUGGCACGAUAAUUUAUAUUAGUUGGGCUAAUUGAAUGCUUGCGUCCAUGUCUAUAAGUUACAGUAAAUAGUAUAGUUUAAGUCGGAGAAAUAUGUGUAUAACCAUUGUAUAACUAAUAAUUAUGAACAGUAACCUGGCUAGUAGAACACAGUCAACACCGUUGAGCUUGCCACAGAUAAGUGAGUCUGAUGGAUCGCCAUAAGGAGUUAUUAUUUUUUGUUCAGUCGAAUCUUUAAAAAUGUUUGGAUCGUCUAGUCCUGAUCCACCAAUGAUACCUAUCUGAAUACAUUUGUCAAUAAAAAUUGUAUUGGGUUAACUACCUAUUACAUGUACAAUUUUUACUUACCUUUACUGUGUAUUUCAUAUUUAAAAUUUCUUUUAGAUUUUUUUGUGUAGUAGAUUUAUAGCACUGAAUUUAAAAAUGGAAGAAUUAAAUGUGCUCGAUCAAACUAUAAUUAACCAUUUAUUGAAUUAGUUAGUUUGUUUUAACAAAUAGACAGAUAAGUAACGGUGAAUUUCAAGGUGUUUUAACUCUACUCUGAUGUAAUGUGUAUAAUUAAAUAUACUAAUGUGUAUUUAGAUUAAAUAAAACCAAAUAAUUCAAGGAAUUUUAGAUAAACCCGUAAACUAUCAAUUAAACCGACAAUUGAUAACAACAUAAUUCCUUCGGUGUUGACGGUAUCAGUAAAUAAACAACACGUUGAAUUUGUAAUUAUUGAGAGCUAAUAGGCUUAUAUAGACCUAUGAAUCAUGAAUAAUUACAAAGUAUAAUAAUAUACUAUAUUAAAGAUUUUUGUCAUUUUUUGUCCGAAUCAAUUUUAUGUGAAUUUAGAAUUCAUAAAAAUGUUCGUUUAGGACAAAAAUUCAUAAAACAUUGGAAAACAGGUAGGUAUUAUACCGUAUAAGUACAACAUUCUAAUCACGGGGUUGGCAUGUUGGGUGUCGUACCGGUUUUCAAAUUUGCUGGUUUAAUACGAUAAUACUAUAGUAUUAUACGUAACAAUAAAAAUAACUAUACGGUUAAUUAAUAAUACGAUUCUGUUAUGUUGAUAAUUUGAAGGUAUUCGAUUUAUAACAGUAAUUAUUUAAAAUUAAAAUACCUAUGUACUCUAAUACAAGAAUAGGUACGAUCAGACACGUCCCUGAGGGGGCAAUCUCGCCCCGCCCCCCCCUUAAGCAGUGUGAUGUUCUUUUUUCUUGUACAAAAUAUACAUAAUUAAUAAGUACAAAUAAGUACAAAUGCAACUGGUUCCAAAUGUUAUAAAGAUGAUUCUGGAUCUUGGAAAUACUUUGAAACAAGAUACGCUAUUGCGGCUCGCUAAAUCACCGUUGUUUUUUUAGCGUUUUUUUGCGAGACAAUCAAUUUUAUUUUUAUUUUUUUUGCGUUUUUAUUAGAUUAUGAGCACGGCGAGGAACGAGUUGGUGUAAUUAAUUUACUAUCAUGUGCGCGAAUUUUUUUUAUUGUGUAAACAGCUUCUAUACCAGUAAUCCUUGUUCUAAUCAAAAAAUGACGAGACUUUUUAUUUUAUCAUUUUGUACCUCGAAGAGGUGAAUUUUUUGAUUUUCUUGGUAGUUUUCAUAAUAUAAUUGAGAAAAUCGACAAAUUUAAGACGGUAAAAGUUGCAUUACUUUCAAAACAACUGCAACGUUGGAAAAGUUGAUGACAUUAAUAGUUUCAUUAUUUCCGAUUUUGUUGUUUUGUUGUAAUUUGGUUAAAAUAAUUGUCAAGAUCUGACAUUUGCGAAUUGUUUAAACAAUUUUUAAGCCUUUUUUCAGUUUUCAAAUUGGUUUUAUGUGGAUAAAAUUGUUUGGCAUAACUACUGAAAUAUUCGGGCAUAUUCAAACAGAAUCAAAAGGACUGAGGAUUUAACU